AUGGACUGUGGGAGGGCUAGGGGAAGGAGUAGGUGCUCCUCCGCUUCCCCGGAUGCCUCCCAUGACUCCCUGCCUGGGCUUCCCAGCUCUGGACUCCCCACCCUAAUGUUGUCCCUACUGCUGCUUCUGCUCCUGCUGCUACUGCCGCGGCCAAUCCUGCCGCAACUGGAGGACAACUGCCGAUGGCAAGUGGCACUCAACCUGUAUGAAACUUUGGGAGAACACAGUGAAAAGUUUUUCAGUCGGGAAGCUAAGCCUGUGGACCAUUUCUUCGACAAACUAGUGGAUUCACCCAUCGACUACAAAGAAAAUUACCUGGGCUUCCCUUACUUCAUGAAGAUUAAUUUCAGCUGCCCUGGAGAGGCAAAAGAAGCCUUUGUCCGUGGGGGCCACUUUAAGGGCCUGUUUCCCAUUGUGCUGGUCACCUUCCACACCCCUGUGAAUUUCCGGAGGUGGAAGGCAGAGAGGUUGCAAAUCGAGAUGGAGGGAGCACCAUUCCAAACCAAGAAGGAAUGUCCAGAAGAUGACAUAUGUUUCCUGAGUUGGUACACCCCAAUGCCCACGAAGAAUGGCAGUGUAGUGAUGGCAGUUGACAUCUCCAGCAACAAAAUUGGGGAGAUCAUUGGGAAUGCCAGGUACAUGAUAAAUAUCAAUGGGUUUCUGAAACCAGAAAAGGACAAAGUGAUCUUUACCCUGGGAAAUGAGGUCAGAGGCAUUGCACACAGGGACUUCAUCAACACAUCAUCUAGGCCUCUCUGGGCUACAGUGUCCCAGGCUCCUGUGCUAAUCCUCGGGGGUAUUCCCAAUGAGAAGAUGGUUCUCCUCUCUGACUCCAGCUUCAAGGACAUCUCCCUGGUGGAGCUGAACAUCGAUAGCUGCUGGUUGGGCUCUCUUGAAUGCCCUCAGGAGCACUUCACGGCCUCCAUCUUUGACACCAUAUCUACUGAAAGCACCCUCUUCAUCCGACAGAACCAACUUGUCUACUAUUUCACUGGCAACUAUUCCCACUUACCUGGAAAAGCUAACAGCAAUUGGGUCCAAGUCUUGCAUAAAAGGUGUAUCAAGAAACUUUGUCCUGUGGAAUUCCCCAGCAAUGGCUCUGAGUACGUCUUGGCCUUGGCUGGGGGCAAUGAGGAGGGCAUCUUCUUCUUUGGCACCAUUACAGAUGGCACAGUGACUUUUAAAGCGUUGCCUGCCUCCAGUUCCAUAUGUGAUGUGUUAAAAGCCCCAAAGUGCUAUCUCCACUGGGUGGUGUACAACACAGACGACUACACGUUCUUGCUUCUCAUGGAGCUGGGCAAAGGCAACCAGAUGGAAUUCGCGCUUUUCAAAUACACGCAAGAUGCUAAAGGCACCAAUGAGUAUAAUGUCACCUUGCUCUAUAAAAUUCCCCAUUUCGUCCCCACCAGUGGAGCAAAGCAUUUUCUGAUGCUGGUGGGCAUGGAGGAAUACACUGACUGUCCUAUGGUGCCCAGGGGUCUGUUCUACAACCCUUUCUCCCAACUGCUAUACAUUUAUGGCAAUGCUAUUCUGCAGAGCUUUGACCAUAGGAAUUUUGUUUACAUGACUGCGUUCCCUAAGGAGUCCUCAAUAAAGUACAUGACCAGCUCCUACAGAGGAGAAGCAAUCGGUGUCACUGAGACUGAGGAGAUCUGGUUCCUUCUUGAAGGCAGCUUCAGAGUGUAUCGUCUGUAUCCAUCAAGGGCCUGGAAUAUUGUUUUCAGCCUUUCCCAGUUGUUACACUUAAACACGUAUUCAACCAAUGAGACCUCAGUCAGCGUCUUCUAUGAUAGUUUUGGUCUGGAGCAGCUAGUCUACUUGGUUGACGAAAAUGGGAAAGGGAGGCUGGUGAAAAGGCGCUUGCCAGUGAGUCGACUCUUACUGCUUCUACGGCUCAAUCGGACUCCGGUUAAGAUCACUUACAAGCUUCCUGUCCCAUCCCUCCUCUACAGUAAUCCAUGCCCUUUUGAGGAGGUACAUCUAAGAAACCUGCCAAAACCACAAAAAUACACACGGGUGGAGCGCUAUCGGGCAGAGCCACCCUCUGUGAGCUCUGAGGCUGGCUUCCACACCAAAAUCUCUUUGGCCAUCUACCAGGGCCUUGUCUACCGCUUGCUUUGGCUGCACGCCAUGUAUAAUAAGCCCUAUGCAGAUCCUGUCCAUGACCCUACCUGGCGUUGGUGGAAGGAUAAAAUGCAACAUAAGGCUUUCUAUUUCUAUACAUCCAGUAACUUUCUGAGUGUGUAUGGCAUACGCAUUGACAUGGAAGGCUAUGACAAGCUUUAUGAUUUGAAUGCUGAAAAUCGCCUGCCCGAAUUCCUCUUCCUGGACAAGGGGACCCAAUACAGCUUCUCCGUUUACCUUGUCCUUCCAAAAAUGUCCUGGAAAAACAACUUCCUGGGCAAAAAGAAGCACUUGCGUCUGGCUGUGGUAAUUUCCCACCCCUUGUGUGUGUCAGCAACAGUGACAAAUGACUAUCUUGUGAACCGAAAUGCCAUUCUCUUCCAGGUGGUUAUCCAGGAUAAAAGUCAAUGCUUUGGUCAAAGUAUCAGUGGACACAACCUGAAGAAAACAUCCAUAAUCCUUAAGGUGGUUGGCUCAGCUGGAAGGUGCUUUGCUAAGACCCGAAUAGGACACCGGACAAAGGGUAAUGCCAUGAUCCCCAUGUUUAUCGGCUGCCCCCCAGGCAAGAGGUUGGCUUUUGACAUCACCUUAACUAUUCAGCACAACAAGAAGGCCAAUAAAAGAUACUUUGACUGCGUGUACCCAGACCCUGAAAUGCCUUGCUUCUUCUUCGGUGAUCCUUUCUUCCCUUUCUUCCUGGUCCAAGACAUGGUGACUGGUGAGUCAGGAAGCUUCAAUGGCAGCUAUGUUCUGAAGGUGAUUGGCGGAGGAACUUCCCUGGAAAACAUUGUGGAUUACUCAGAGGCUGACAUCUUCCGCUACAACAGUCCUAAUGACACUACCAAGAGCCUCAUCUGGAUUAACAGGGACAACUGGACAGAUAGCCAUUCGUUUAGCAUCCUGCAGUACAACAGCUCUGGCAUUGAGUGGCUGUGCCUGAGGAACUCUCCUUGUUAUGACAUCAUUCCCUACUCUUUCUUUUCUCCUGAGUUCUUUUUCAAAAUCAUGGUGAGCAACAGGGGUGUGGACACAAGCACCUACUGUGAUUAUCAGCUCAUCUUCAUCCUCCACAUCCAUGGCCUCCCACUCAGCGGUAGGAGGGCCAUCUCGUACCUGAAGAAAACUGCAUAUGUGUGCUUGGGAAUUAUAUUUGCCUACAUCUUGUUCUGCACCCUCUGGCCACGGGUAAAAGCAGCCUGGACGUCUAUAAAGUCAAAAUUCACUGAUCUCCUCACCACAGAAUCUUUCUAUACAUACUCAACAUCUGCCAGUACUCUCCACUCCAUGGUCAGUUCCAGGAUGAGUACAGCAGACAGACAGUCUCUGCGAAAGUCAAGAUUCAAGAAAAAAUCUUGA